AUGUCACGAUACUUUGAAACCGCCAGAAAAUUCUUAUGUAUUGGUCGUAAUUAUGCUGCUCAUAUCAAGGAGUUGAAUAACCAGGUUCCGAGCGAACCCUUUUUCUUUUUGAAACCGCUGUCUUCGAUAUUACCUCCAAAUUCCAACUCUCCAUUUUUAGUACCCAAGGGAGUUAUUGUUCAUCAUGAAGUCGAAUUGGCUUUUGUAUUGAAUAAAACAUUGAAAGAUUUACCGGACUCGUUUGACCACCAGCAAGCAUUGGACUCAAUUGCCGGUUAUGCUUUGGCAAUCGAUAUGACGGCUAGAAAUGUUCAGGACGAAGCUAAAAAGAAAGGAUUACCUUGGUCAAUUGGUAAAGGAUUCGAUACUUUCUUACCGUUGUCUAAUUUUAUACCAAGGGAAAAGAUUCCUGAUCCGUAUAAUGUUACUUUGAAGUUGUUAGUUAAUAAUCAAUUAAGACAAGAUGACCAAACCAAUUUAAUGAUUUUCCCAAUCCAUAAAAUCUUAUCGCACAUGUCUAGAAUUAUGACUUUGGAAAAGGGUGAUGUUAUCUUGACUGGAACCCCAAAGGGGGUUGGUCAAAUUAAACCAAAUGAUUUUGUCGAAGCUUAUUUAGAAGUUGAUAAUCAAGUUCUUGAAAAAAUUGAAUUUAACUCAGUUGAAAAACCCGGUCCUUAUAAUUAUAUACACUAA